UCCGAGGGAAGGGAAGAGGCGAGAGAGAGAGAGAAGCGCAGACAGGAACGGGAGCUCAAAGGCGUCAGAGCUCUUUAAUACAUCCCAAGAAACACCAAAGUGGUGCCCCGUACUUUUAUAGGGAAGAGCUGCUCUCUCUCUCAACUUAGAUCUAUUUUGGCACUGAGCUAAGUUUUAUGGAGGGCUUGUGUGGAGGAGAGCGAGUUCUUGUUUGAGGACUCUGCGUUGUUGCAAAGGUGCAACCAGUCUCUGUAUCAUCGCCGACCUAACGCUACUCUUAGUAUCUCUCUCUCUCUGUAUUACCGAGAGAUCUGCUUCUUCUUGUUCGGACCGCGUCUCGUUUGGUGUUACACCAUCCCCAAGGAUGUAACACGGGAGGGAGAGAGAGACAGGAAACCUUCAAACCAGCUAACAGAGGAAGUGACACCAGCCCAUGCUUAAAGAGAAGAGGGCUUUUUUUUACGUUCUGUAAUUGUUUUUGAAGAGAGGGAGAGAUUGUAGAGUGGAAUAUCAGCCGAGAGAAAACCCUCUGUGUGUGUGUGUGUGUGUGUGUGUAUGUGUGUGUGUGUGUGAGAGAGAGAGAGAGAGAGAGGGGGGAUCGCACAUCUCACAGUGGGACAAGACACGGCUUGGAAACGCACGGAAUAUAACGGGACUCGGUUCCGCCAGUAGAGAUCUGAAGUGGAAUUUACAAAAACAACCCAAAGGAACCCUCUGGGACUGGAACAGGAGCGGAGAGAUGUUCGGGAGUGUGGCUUCGGCGACGCUCCUUUGGAUCAGUUGCUGUUGUUUUCUUAAACUUGGCGCUGGACAGAACGGGGAUGUGCCUUGCGGAGAGACUUUGGACGCGAGGGAAGCAGGUUACAUCACCUCACCAGGAUACCCUCACGACUACACGCCACACCAGAGAUGUGAAUGGGUCAUCCGUGCGCCCGAGAGCCACCAGAAGAUUCUGCUGAACUUUAACCCGCACUUUGAACUUGAAAAGCAUGAUUGCAGGUAUGACUACAUUGAAAUCCGGGAUGGAGACGGGGAGAGUGCGGACCUGCUGGGAAAGCACUGCGGGAACAUUGCCCCCACGUCUAUCAUCUCCUCGGGUUCUGCGCUUUACAUCAAGUUUGUGUCAGACUACGCACACCAAGGGGCAGGAUUCUCGCUGCGUUACGAGAUCUUCAGGACAGGGUCUGAUGAUUGCUCCAAGAAUUUCACAGCUCUCAGUGGCGUGAUCGAGUCUCCCAGUUUCCCUGACAAGUACCCUCACAACCUGUACUGCACUUACAUCAUCCUGGCUCCGCCAAGGUCAGAAGUGACCCUCACCAUGCUCACCUUUGACCUAGAGUAUGAUCCUUUGCAGAUCGGACCAACAGACUGCAGAUACGACCGUCUUGAUGUUUGGGAUGGCUUUCCAGAGGUGAGUCCUCUGAUUGGGCGCUAUUGUGGCUCAAAGAUCCCAGCCGUGAUCCGGUCUGAUACAGGAAUCAUGUCGCUGACAUUCCACACCGAUAUGGCCGUGGCAAAAGAUGGCUUCUCGGCUGAGUACAACAUCACCACGAAAGAAACUCAGGACUCCUAUCAGUGCAACAGCCCACUGGGAAUGGAAUCUGGUCAGAUCAGCAACAUGCAGAUCACGGCUUCGUCCUCCUAUUCUUUGGGAAACUGGGAAGCGAGCCAAGGUCGACUCAAUCACCACAUCAAUGGUUGGACGCCCAAUGAGGACACCACUAGGGAAUGGAUCCAGGUGGACCUGGGGAUUCUGAAGAUCCUGACUGGCAUUGCCACUCAGGGGGCAAUCUCAGUGGAUACGUCCAAGACGUACUUUGUUAGCAGCUACAAGCUGGAGGUGAGCUCCAACGGCGAGGACUGGAUGACUUACCGACAAGGGAAGAACCACAAGUUAUUUGCAGCCAACACGGAUGGUAAUGAGGUGGUGCUGAACACACUGACGCCGCCCGUCGUGGCUCGCUUCGUUCGCAUUAGGCCCCAGGUCUGGACGAACGGCAUCUCCAUGCGUUUUGAAGUCUAUGGCUGCCAGAUUACAAAUGCACCUUGCUCCGAUAUGCUGGGAAUGGUCUCCGGGCUCAUCCUUGACUCACAGAUCACCGCCUCCUCCACACGGGACUAUCAUUGGUCGUCGGGCAAUGCCCGGCUUGUUGCCAGCCGCUCUGGCUGGUACCCGCGGCAGCCACACCCCUUGCCCGGUACCGAGUGGAUCCAGGUGGCUCUGCCCAUCCCAAAGACGGUCAGUGCCAUCAUUAUCCAGGGGGCACGAGGAGCAUCGUCAGUGGACGGCGGGAUGAGCGGGGAGAACAAGGCUUUUGUGCGCAAGUUUAAAUUGGCUUACAGCAUGAACGGAGUCAACUGGACCUUUGUCAAGGAAUCCGGAGGGCAGAGGCACAAGAUGUUUGAAGGGAACAUGAACUACGACACUCCCGAGAUCCGACGGUUUGAUCCUGUGCCUGCGCGGUUUGUCCGAGUGUAUCCGGAGAGGUGGUCUCCUGCUGGAAUUGGGAUGCGUUUCGAAUUGCAGGGCUGUGAUUUACUGGCAACCACCACGUCCGCUGCCACGGUUGUGUCCACACAGUGGGGUGUGGAGAAUGCUACCGAGGCUCCUUGCGUGGAUGAAGCUGACCCCGCGUGUAUGAUCGGCUCUCACGUUGUUGAGAUCAACUCCAGCAUCGAGGGCUUCAACUGUAGUUUCGGGGACUGGCAAGACAGUGAGCUUUGUGGCUGGUCACAUGACUCUUCAGCUCUGUCCAAGUGGGCCGUCCACUCUGGGAGUCUGAGGACAGAAGAUCUGGGACUGAACCACAACCACAAUACAGAUAAGUGGAAUUACUUGCACAUAGAAACCUCUAAGUUGCUGGAAGGGCAGCGUGCCAGGUUACUUAGUCCCAUGGUGCCACCCCUUAACAGCCACCGUUGCAUGGUGUUCUGGUACCAGAUGCAUGGCACCAGAGUUGGUACGCUCCGGGUGCUGCUGAGGAAGAGAACAGGUGACGUGAUGCUCUGGUCACUGAGAGGAGAUCAGGGUGACAAGUGGAAAGAGGGAAGGAUCAUCCUACCAGGAUAUAACAGUGACUACCAGGUCAUCAUUGAAGGCAUCGUUGGCAAAGGUGCUAGUGGAGAGAUGGCCAUUGAUGACAUUGCCAUAGCAUCGCACGUAUCGCUUGAUCAAUGCAUUCAGCCCAUCAGUGCCUUUCCUGGGAUCCACACUAGUGAGACACCAACAGCAAAAGAAAUGAUAUCUGUGGAUGGCGAAGGGACUCGGUUUGAACCCAGUGAGGAAGCUGACUCCAGUAUUUACAGAAAAGAUGGGCCUGUCGGAGACUCAAGUACGAUGUUGCCCUCCAAUGGGAUGUCGGUCACCCCAACAUCUGGAAGGGACAAGAACUGGCUCUACUCUCUGGACCCAAUCCUGGUCACCAUCAUCGUCAUGAGCUCAGUGGGGGUCCUCCUGGGGGCGGUCUGCGCUGGGCUCUUGCUGUACUGCACCUGCUCCUACGCUGGUCUUUCCAGCCGGAGUUCGACCACCCUGGAAAACUACAACUUCGAACUGUAUGACGGGAUCAAGCACAAGGUGAAGAUGAACCAGCAGAAGUGCUGCUCGGAGGCUUGAUCACCAUGGUAACAUAAGGCCUUUUUUAUUAUCAGUAACUUGGAACCUACGAACAAGAGGGUGCAGUGUGUAAAGACCUGCCUUUGAAUCGUAACCAUUUACAUUCUGAUGUGCCCAGAACCAGCUACAUUCCCCCCUCCCUCCCCGUCGAAUAUGGGGUCUAUUUAAUUACCACUUGGUCAGCACUAAAGAGCCUUAACUUGACUAUUUUCCCACGGAUAUGAGCCAUCGUUACUGCCUUGACUGUGACCUUUGGGAUGAUGUAAGGGUGGACCUGUUGCAGAGACAAUGGCAAGAUGAAUUCCGUUCUGUGCUGCAAAGGGAAGUCUCAUUUCUUUCACACUGGCCGCGAGGUUGGCCUACCAUGCCAUGUAGCUUUCUCAUGUUUAGUUUCCGUGCUUCAGAGUUCCCGACCCAACAGCUGAUGCCUACAGCGCCUUGGUGAGGGUCCUAACCCGAAGAGAAUUCAAGACGGCCAUCACCUCAGGUUUACCGUUGGGGCCCAGCAGGCCAGAAUGUACACUGGGGGUCUGCGACUCUGAGGGUCGUCGGUGUGAAGCAUCUUCAACCAUUUAAGCAGCUUAAGAGAAAUUGUGGACUAUAUGCAGAGUGCCUUUAGACAAGUAUGAUCUAUUAGCUUUGGCAAAAUAGUUUUGACAUCCCUCCUGUCUGUGACAGAAGAGUGUUUUAUUGGGCACUGCCUUGAGGUGUAUGUAGUGCCUGGUCAGAGGUUUUUAUCUAUUAUUAUUUAAUAUACAGUGCAUUGACAUUCCAGACAGGG